UUUAUUUCUAAUUUAUUUUAUUGAUCCUGGGUUUAUUUUGAAAUUGUAACGUUCCUUAUUGGUAUAUCUAAAACUUUAUGACAACAUCAACGCAUAGUACGCAGCUAUCCAAUGUUGUUGGAUCCCGUUAUCGGGUUAAAAAGAAGAUUGGUGAAGGGUCGUUUGGGGUUAUUUUUGAGGGGAUAGACAUGUUUAAUAAUCAACAAGUAGCAAUUAAAUUUGAGCCUAGAAAGAGUGAUGCACCUCAAUUACGUGAUGAAUAUAGAACAUACAAAUUAUUAGUGGGAAGCCUUGGUAUACCUCAUGUACAUUAUUUUGGUCAAGAGGGAUUGCAUAAUAUUUUAGUUAUUGAUUUAUUAGGACCAAGUUUAGAAGAUCUUUUCGACUGGUGCGGAAGACGUUUUACGACCAAAACGGUUGUUAUGCUUGCUAAACAAAUGUUGACGCGUGUUCAAACUAUCCAUGAAAAAAAUUUUAUUUAUCGUGAUAUUAAACCAGACAAUUUUCUUAUAGGAAGGCCGGGUACUAGUAAUUCUAAUUUAAUCCAUAUUGUUGAUUUUGGUAUGGCAAAACAAUAUCGGGAUCCCAGAACAAAACAGCAUAUUCCAUAUAGAGAACGCAAGAGCCUUUCUGGCACUGCAAGGUAUAUGAGCAUAAAUACUCAUCUUGGUAGAGAGCAAUCUCGAAGGGAUGAUUUAGAAGCAUUAGGCCAUGUAUUUAUGUAUUUUCUUCGAGGAGGACUUCCUUGGCAAGGACUAAAGGCAAUGACUAAUAAACAGAAAUAUGAGAAAAUUGGAGAAAAAAAGCAAGCUACUUUGAUUGAGGAGUUAUGUGAAGGAUUUCCAGAUGAAUUUUCUCAAUACAUUUUAUAUGUUCGUAAUCUCGGAUUUGAAGAUACGCCUGAUUAUGAUUAUCUUCGUGGUCUUUUUACCAAUGUAAUCAGAAAAAUUGGUGAAACAGAGGAUGGAGAAUAUGAUUGGAUGCUUCUUAAUGAUGGAAAAGGAUGGGAAGCUAGUUCUAAACAUGUAUCUUCGAAUCAACAUUUGGUUGUUUCCAAUGUUGCACAUAAAUCUACUUCGGUUACUGAUUUGAGACAUUUACCAUCAUCUAGGACAGGACAACAUGUUUCGUCUAAUCGGUUAAACCCAUCCCAUUGUAUUCCUCCGUCGCCUAUACCUGUUCAUAAUGGAUUAAAACCUUGUAAAGAAAGGCUAAAUGAUAUUAAAAAUAAUUCAGAACAUAUGAAAGAAAUAUCUAAUACCAGCCCUCGGAUUCAUCAAGAAUCUCAGCAACAAUCACGGUUAUCUCAGGCUUAUGCAACAACGCCUGCUAAAAAAUCAAAAAAAAGUUGGAGAUUUGCUAACUGCUGUGGGUAGUGUGGCUAAAACCGGAGUCUAUUUUUAGGCAAGUUAAAAUAACGUGAAAUAAACAUGCAUAAUUUUAAAAAAAUUUUAACUUUAAUAUAUUAAACAUUGUUUUUAUUGUCUUAUUUUUAAAUGACCAUAGAUGGGAACGUUUAUAUUAAUCAUGAAAGUAGUAGUUUAAUGUUUAAUGUUUAAAUAGACUUUUUUAUAUGAUGAAAUAUAUAAAACCGGAGGAAUGUUUCUGUUCAUAUUUCUAGCCAAUUUAAACAAUCAGGUGUAAAAUAAGUAAUAAUAAUUUCUAUUGACGUUAAUGAGUUUUUUUGAGCAAAUAGAUAAACCUGCUCCUGCUCGUAAACAAGAUAUUAAAGUUUCUAUAACAAUUGUCUCUAAAUCAUAGACACCUGCUUUAGCAGCGGCAUGAAUGGCUGCAUAUUCUCCAGAAACAUGAUAUGUAGCAAUUAAUAAAUCAGGUGCAAUUUUAGAAGUAUUUGCAAUGAUAUCAAGAUAUAAUGUAGCUGGCUUAAUGAUGAUGCAGUCCGCUCCUUCAGAAAUAUCUCGUUUCUACUUAUAAAUGAGAAAAAAUAAUUUGAAAGAAAAAUUAACAAUGGCACGCUGUGCAAGUUUUUUUGAUGGAGGAGGAAGCUGAUAAGAUUUUCUGUCCCCAAAAGAAGGUGUUGAAUUUGCUGCUGACCUUAACAAGUUUUAUUAGAAAAUAUCAAUAAUCUAUAAAAAUCGUACCGAAAUGGGCCGUAUAAACAUGAUGCAAAUUUAGCUGAAUAACUCAUAACCAUAAUUUUAUGUGAUAUACCCGCCUCUACA